UGUUUUAGUUGUUACGGUAAAACAUUUUUUAAACAUAAAUAUAUGCAAGAACUGGAUUUAAUGUCAGACUACAUUAUAGGGUUUAUAUGUUUUUAAUUUAAGUUGCUUUCUUAUUUUCAUAUUGCUGCUGGAGAUAACCUGAGUUUUGGGACCUUGCCGCAGGAUAUCUGACUAUGACAUAUUCUUUUAAUUUGAGUAAAAGACAUGGACCAAGCAAGGUCAACAAUAUCUAAAAUAUUCAAUGGGGAGCCGCGGUCCUACACGCGCUUCAACCUGACCCAGAACAUGGAGGGUGAGAACAGUCAGGUGGAGAUGAAGCUGUCCUCCGACAUCGAUGAAGAGACUGGGAACUCCGUGGGGGAUCACUUCAGCCAGAACCACAACCAGAACCAGAACGGCACUUGGAGUCAGAAGCACAUUCAGGAGAUGUACCUGUGCAAUGCCCGGCGAACCCCCCGGAACCUCUGCUUCAUGGUCACCACUACCUUGCUCAUCUUCAUCAUCGGAUAUCUCAUUGGCUACCUAGCUCACAAUAAGCAGGAUAAGCAGGCCCCGAAUUGUCCUGAGCAUAUUGUCAGUGACAAGCAAGACGAGGAGACGAGGGUCUACAGUGAGCCCGAACUGGACUGGGACGGCAUCAAAGAGUUGCUGAAACAGAAGCUCAGCCCCAACCGAUUCGACAGUGUCUUCAAAGAGUUCUCCAAGGAGAGUCAUGAGGCAGGCUCGGAUAACGACAGGGCCCUGGCCUUGCAAAUCAAGGCCCGGUUCCAGCAGUACCGCAUGAAGCCCUGGACCGACGACCAUUUCGUCAAGCUCCAGAACCUGCCGGCAUCGGGUACCAACAAAAUCACCAUAGGGGAAAAGAAGCUGGAGCCUCGCGGUUACGCCGCCUACAGCGCCAACGGCGUGAGACAGGGCAGGCUGGUCUACGCCCACUUUGGAAAGGAGAACGACUUCAUACUUCUGAAACAGAUGGGAGUAAACCUGACAGGAAGUGUGGCUCUGGUCCGAGCAGGAAAGCUGAGUUUUGCAGAAAAGGUGGCUAAUGCUGCAAAACACCAAGUGGUUGCUAUUCUCAUCUACCCGGAUCCCGCUGAAUACAGUUUGCAGCCCAACACGGAGCUUUACGGUCAUGUCCACCUGGGCUCUGGUGAUCCCUACACUCCGGGGUUUCCCUCUUUUAACCAUACACAGUUCCCCCCGGUUCAGUCCUCGGGCCUCCCCAGCAUCCUGGCUCAGACAAUCUCUGCAAACGCAGCUGCCCAGCUGUUCCGGAAUAUGAAUGGAAAGAAUAGUCCGCCCAACUGGGAUGAAGGCAGGCUUAUGGGCGUCACCUAUAACCUGGGCGGCGAUAAUGACACCGUCACUGUGGAGGUGAAUAACAGCCUUGUGGAGAAGAUGAUUCACAACGUGUUUGGAAUAAUAAAGGGGUUUGUGGAUCCAGAUCGGUAUGUUGUGAUUGGAGCCCAGAGAGACUCAUGGGGACCUGGCUUUACCAAGGCCACAGUGGGAACCAGCAUAAUGAUGGAACUGGCUCGUGCCAUCUCAGAGAUGGUGGCGAACAAUGGAUUCAAGCCUAGGAGAAGUAUUAUUUUUGCAAGUUGGACUGCUGGAGAAUAUGGGAACGUUGGCGCCACCGAGUGGCUGGAGGGGUACUUGACCACACUGAAUCUGAAAGCUGUUUCUUACAUAAACCUUGAUGGGAUAAUUAGAGGAAAAAAAACAUUCCAAGCAUCUGGGAGCCCACUACUGCAGAGCUUGUUGGCGAACACUUUGAAAGAGAUGAAGAGUUUGAUUCAGUCUUCGGAUUUGUCCAAUGUUGACUUUCAAACAGAAAACCUGAAACCCAUGAAGGUGGACGACGCCGCUUACCCAUUUGUGGCCUUCUCUGGCAUCCCGUCCAUCUCCUUGUUUUUCACAGACGACAGAAACGGGGAUAUCGACUACCAGUAUUUCGGCACAGUGGAGGACACCAGGGAGAAGCUGGACAGCAUCACCUUUCGCACAUCACAGAUGGCCGAAAUCGCGGCACAGAUAGCUGGAAACAUGGCCCUCCGGCUGGUCCACGACCGCCUGCUCAGUCUCGACAUAUCCAAGUACAACUCGCAGAUCCGUGCCUUUGUGAUUCAGAUCAACCGACUCCUGUGGCAGCAGCAGAAGAGUGGGAACAUACCCAAGACCCUUACAUCCCAGUGGCUGAUCAGCGCUGCUGGAUCCUUCAGCCGCGCGUCGCACAACCUCAUCAGCGACAUCCAGAACAGCGACCUGGAAGAUGUGGAAAUGUGCCGGAUCAUCAACGACCGCAUAAUGAGGGUGGAGCACAACCUGCUCUCGCCAUACGUUUCGCCAAAAGACACUCCGUUCCGCCACAUCGUCCUAGGCUCUGGCUCGCAUACGCUGUCGGACCUGGUAGACCACCUGAAAAAGCUGAACCAGGGUCCGCAAUACUUUGACGGGGACUGGUUCCGUAACCAGUUCGCUCUGGCUACCUGGACCAUUCAAGGCUGUGCCAACGCCCUGUCAGGGGAGGUGUGGGAGAAAGACAAUCAGAUCUAGACCUUUGGCUGCCCAGUACCUCAGAGCUAAACAC